AUGGACUUCACGCUACGUUGCAAUGCGCUCAACUGCCGAGUCCAGCUCGUGGAGCGGGCUGUGGUAACGACUUGCAGCCAUGUCUUCUGCAAUCCUUGUUCUGACGAGCUUGGCUUGACUGCACCAGCUGGUGCUAGUCGGGUCUGCCCAGCAUGCCGAACUCUUCUUUCUCAACCUGAUGACGCUGUCUCUACAUCAUUGCAUCCGACCGAGGACUACAAGACGAGCGUUCUGAGUGGCCUCAGUCCUAGCACUAUUAUGGAAUGUGCUGGGCGUGGGUUGGCCUUCUGGAGCUACCAGUCGACGCAGGAGAUCGUCUACCAGGAGUACACGGUGAAGGCAAUGACUGAGAAGCACAACACUCUUAACGUGCAGAUUGACAAGAUUCUCAACGACGCCAAUUCCGAACUGAACAUCCUGAAUCAAAAGCUGAACAAUAUGCAAAUAGACCAGGACAGGCUCAAGCUUGAGAAUAAGAAUCUCGUAACAGCCUUCCGAGAGAAAAGCCGCAAACAUCAGCAGACACAGGAACUCUAUGAUCGCUUGAAGCGCAAGGAGAUGACAGCAGCUACACAGUCUGCGGCGUUUGAUUCCGUAGAUGAGGUACUCGGGAAUGUCCCAGGUCGUCAAGGCUUCGUUUCUGCUCAGCAUACUUCUGUCGCUCCGAGAUCUCACGCUCAACAAGACUUCCAGUCCCCUCAACGGAAUCGCAACGGAAUAGAGCAACUCCAUGCCCGACGGAAGAGUGGCAGCAACGAAAUCCAAGGCAAUGGGGCAAUGAUGCCUCCUCCGCUUCAUCGACCAGGAGGUACUGGAAGCAAUACGUUCGGAUUCGCGAAUCCCAUGCCUACACCCUCCAACCAUCGCACCCAGCUUGGGCCGACAACUCAAUCCGCCAGCCGCCUGGGAACACUUGGUUAUCGACAUGACGCCAACAUGUUUAAUAAGGAUCUGCAGAACCAUACUGCAGGCCAACGGCAAUCUCUCGCCAGUCUCAAUAUGAAUAGCGUAAAUAGAAACGGCUUGAGCGGGUAUGGAAUGAGUGCAGGUAUGAAAGUUGGGAGGCAGCAGGGAUCACGCCCCUCCGAAAUGACACACUCCAGCCAUGUUCAGGCUGGUGCGCCGUUGGGUCACGAAUUUCAAGCCCAACAGUUUCAACGCGAUGAAGGUGUCUACUAUUGA